AUGUUUGCCGCCGGCCGUCGUCAAGCGUAUGCUGCUGCUUCCAGGCAAAUCCGUACCGUCCACUCGGCUGCAUUCUCAUCUCAACGUCGUUCCACCGCCAUCGUCCUUCUUGGUCUCAGUGGAGCAGUAGCUACAUACGGCGUAUACGCUUACAAUUCGUCAAGUCCGAUUGACCUUAAGGAGGCUCGUGAUCAGAAGUUUCAGUUAAUUUCUGGUGUUGAGGCCGAUGUUCAAGGCCCUGGAGUCUUUGCAUGGGGUUCGAAUCUUGGUGGAGUUUUGGCGCCUACCUCUAAAGAAGAGCGUGUUCUUUCUCCUCGACGUCUGAAGUUCCUUGACGCCGUGGUGCUGAGAGAUCUGGCUCUGCGUGAGGAUGUCGGGGUUGCCGUCACUGAGAACGGCGACCUGCUUCAAUGGGGUGUCGGCUACUCAGGAUUGCCUAGGGCUACCAUUGCGGAGCCCGAGGUUACGUUGAAGGGCAAGAAUGUCGUCCAAGUGAGUUUGAGUGAAUCACACGUCUUCGCUCUCUCCAAGGGUGGUAAGGUCUACGCCCUCCCCAUCUCCAAGGCUGAGCAGCAAUCCGGCACGAAACCCUCAGAAUCCGCAUGGUGGGGUCUUGGUCUUUACUCCAGACCUUCCGACAUCUCCUACGUAACUAUCGACGCAAAGCUGAACAGCUUCGAGAAGUUCAAGUCAAUCGCAGCAGGCCAUGCACACCUCCUCCUCCUCACUUCUUCCUCCCGCCUGUUGACGGUUCCGAUGAUUACAGCUGCUCCAUUCACCGCGGUUCCGCUACCCAAUAUCCCUGAGCUCCCGAUCACCCAGAUUGCUACUGGAGACCUGCACUCCCUCGCCUUGGCUGCCGACGGCAGCGUCUACAGCUGGGGUCACAACGAACUCGGCCAAUGCGGACAAGACUUCGCUAAAAACACCACAGUCGUCGCGGAACCGACCCCCGUACCAUUAAAUCUCUGCUACCCCCGUGUCGCCAGAAUCCAAUGUAUCGCUAUCGCAGCAGGCGGGCAUUCCUCAUUCUACGUCGUGAAGAACGGGGAACAGAAGACUGAUGUGUUUAGCUCGGGUUUCGGACAGUAUGGACAGUUGGGUAACGGAAGUUUCAGUCAGUCGCAGUAUAGGCCGACGAAGUUGAAGUCUAUCUCCUCGCUGACGGAGUACUCCGAAGCAGCCGGCACGUCCGUGCCGAUCGGUAUCAAGUCAUUGGUCUGUGGGUUAACUGCCGCUGGUGUCGUCCUUGACAACGCCUCGGUAGAUGGCUUCGGAAGAGACUUGUUGACGUGGGGAACCGGCGCCACUGGUAACGGAAAGAAAAAUAACGUCAGUACGCCAGCGCCUGUGCCUACGGGCGAAGGCAAGACGGCUUCUGAGGGUAGCAGGUUGCAGCUGCAGCCGCAGAGGAAGGUGAGCUUUGAGAAGGAUGGGAAGACGAGAUGGGUUAAUGUUGAGGAUACGAUUAUUGCUGGGAGGGGAGUUAUGGCAAUGUACUCACGGGCUGUGUAG